ACUCGGAAGUAUCGAAUCAGGUGUCGAAUCUCCAUUCGCUUAUUCUUGCAGCAGGACUGACUGCGGAGUGGAUUCGACGUUCAUUCCAGCGUGAAAAAAAACGCAUAACCCUAACGUUAUGGACGGCAGAGGUUUUGGUUCUGGUUACUCCAGUUGGAGUGGCGGAGGAUCAGGAAGCAGAGGCUCUGGAGGCUUCGACUCAUACGGUGGAGGAUUUAAGGACUCUGUGUCUGGAUUUGGAGGCUAUGGUGGAGGCGGCCACAUGAAGCGAGGCCUCUCUGGAGCAUCCCUGCUUUCGUCCACAGGCACUGAUGCAGACACAGUCAUUGCCAAGAUUAACCAGCGCCUGGACAUGCUCAGUCAGUUGGAGGGUGGGAUGAAAGGAUCUCGCGGGGACAGGUUUGACCAGUAUGAGUCAUUUGACUCGCGUCCCUCUGCUUUCAACUCUCCCCGAGAUCUCUUCAGAUCUGGUGGCAGUAACUACGGCUACGACGAUGGCCGUGGGGACAACAUGCUAAUGGGUCAGCGUGGAGCCUCGGGCUUUGGAGGGGGAUUUGGGCUAGGGGGAGGAGGAGGCUUCGACAGCCCCUCUUCUUCCUACGGCGUCGCUAGAAUGCGACAGAAUAUGAGAGACUCCUUCACCAGUGGACAGGGUGGAGUUUCUGGAGGUGGAGGAUGGCCCGGAGCAGGCCGACGUUCCCCCAGAAGGGGAAGUGCCGGUGGUCGAGGAGCUGGAGGAGGGUUUGGAAGCCGCAGGUCUGAUCCCACUCCGAUGGGUGGAAGCGGGCGUGGAGGUGGUGGUGGCCAGUCCCACCGUGGCCACUCUCCAGGAGGUGGUAGAGGAAAGCUCCCAUCCCUCCUGUCCAACCGCAUGUACCCUGACAGUGGUGGUUUCCAUCAGGGUUCCAUUCAAGGGCCUCACGACUUUCCUGGGAGGCAUUUUGGUGGGGGUCCACGGGCCAGCCACCAGCGAGGCCGCAAGAGAUCCCUCAACAAACAGUCAAAGCCACAGCGUGAAGACCAGAAGAAGAGAAAACAGACUCCUACAGAAGGUGAUGAGCCAGAAUCCAAGAUAAAUAAGACUGACGGUGAAGAGGCAGAAGGUACCCAAGAGCAAGCAGAGAAAAAUGGUGACGAUAAUGAAGCAAAGGAUGAAGCUGGGGAACCAAAAGCCCCUGCAGCUGGAGAGAAAGCUGAAUCCAAGGAGGAUGAUUCUAAGGCAAAGAAAAAGCCACAGGGCAAACAGACCUCACCCCAAAGUCAGGAGAGGGUGCCCAAAGUCAAGAGGAGGAAGGGCUUCCUGGAAAGGGUGAUGUAUGCGUGCUCUGUGUGCAAGUUCCGUUCGUUCUACAAGGAAGAAAUGGAAGCUCAUCUUGAAAGUCGCUUCCACAAGGAGCACUUCAGGUUCCUUUCCAGCCAACUGUCCAAGCCCAUUACAGACUUCCUACAGGAGUAUCUGAUAAACAAGUUCAAGAAGACGGAGCAGAGGUACAACAUGCUGUCAAACCCAACGGCUGCCAUCUGCCAGGUGUACCGAGAGCAGGACCUCACCAGGGAGCUCAGUAUGGACCAUUUCAUGAAGAAAGUGGAGGCUGCUCACUGUGCAGCAUGCGACGUUUUCAUUCCCAUGCAGAACCACCUGAUCCAGAAGCACAUCAGAACUCCUGACCACAACCACAACCGUAAGGCCAUGAUGGAACAGUCCAAGAGAGCCAGUCUGGUUGUCACCCGCAGCAUCCUCAAUCACAAACUCAUUGGCAAGAAGCUGGAGAGUUAUCUUAAGGGCGAAAACCCGUUUAUCGAUGACCAGGACCAGGAGGACUCCAUGGUGAUGGACGUGUCUGAGAUAGAGUCGGACCACCAGAAAGAGGCAGCGGCGACAGCCGAGGACAAGCCGGCACCCGAGGGGGAGGAGUCCAAAGAGGAAACUGAGGGUGACGUAACAGAGGAGAAGAUGGAGGAGGAGCAACAGCAGCUUGGAGUGGAGGGAGAGGAGAAGGAGGAGGAGGGCAAAGGAGAGAAGGAGAACAACGGAGAGGAACAGGAGAACAAGGAGGAGCAGGGGAGUGAGGAAGGUUUUGUAGUGAGAGGUGAGAGGGAGGAUCAGCCGUAUGAUGUGUAUGAUAUUGGGGAAGAAGGCGUACUGGCUGAGCUGGAGGAGGAGGAAGAUGAAGGAAUAGAGGCAACAGAAAUCGAGGAGGAAGAAAAGAAUGAUGAGUGACUUUGCACUCUGCAUGUGAAGCUUCAGCCAGCGGGUUCUCUGGACCAGUCAGUUCCCCCCCCCCCACAAUCCAGUUUGAUUUCCUGGCGCUCAGAUGUAACGUAUCUGCUCUUCAUGUUCUUUAGUCUAAAAGCUUGAACACGUGUAAAUUUGUGCUUUUUCCUCCCUUUAGUGAAACUGAAUGGAAUUUUUUGGUAAAAAAAAGUUAAGGGCAUAAAUUGCCUCUUUUUUUGUCUCUCUCCUUUUUUUUUUAAUCAGAGUUGGUGGCACAAUAUUCUGCCUGUUUCAAGUGUUGAUUGUUGUGAAUGGUUGAUUUUUCAUUAUUUUUAAGAGAAAUAGUGAGAUUCACAACAUGAUGGGCUUUUAUUCUUCUGAGUGUAUUUGAUCAUGUAGAUGAUUCUGUUCAUGUGUGCAGUGUGUUCUUUGGUCAGAGUAAAAAUGUGCUCAAUAAAUUGCUGUUGAAUAAGUGA